UGCAAAUAAGAGAUUCCUCGACAUAAACAAAAGUUCAGAAUACGAGACACAAAAACGUGAUCGUGCAAUCGUUCAUUUUGAAGUUUCUUUGGUUAUGAUAAACUGAUAAAUUAAUCAUGAGUUCGAAUGGUAUAAAGCUGUUGAAAAAAACGGACCCGUUUCCGCAAGGAGUUCGUUGUCAGAAGUGUCUGGAAAUGGGACACUGGAGUUACGAAUGUAAAGGCAAGAGGAAAUACUUGCACAGAUCCUCCCGCACAUCGCAACUAAAGAAAGCUUUGCAGCAGCAACAGGAUGACAAUACUCAGGUGCAAAAUAGGGAAACAAAAAAGAAGCAUGUCAGAAAGAAAAUGAGGAAGGAAGAAUCCAGCAGUUCGAGUGACUCGAGUUCUUCUAGCAGUGAAGAUUCUAGUAGUAGUAAAAAUAGUAGCAGCAGUUCAUCAUCAGAUAGCGAAUCGGACUCUAGCGAUAGUGUAUCUAGUAGUAGUAGUAGUAGUAGUAAUAGCAGUAGCAGUAGCAGUACUAGUAGUAGCAGUUACAACUCCCAUAAAAAAUAGCACAGAUCGCACAAUAAGAAAAAAGUCCUUUCUGAUUACUCUAUCAUGUUUUUUUAUAUAAUAAUUAUUGUUCUAUGCAAAAUCAGUUUGCCACCAAACAAAUUUGAUGAAAAAAGAAAGCAAAAAUCAAAACAAAAAAAUACAGAAUAUCUGUGAGAAAUUUGUUUCGUUUGCUGUAUAAGUACACAUAUGUGAUUUGUAAAAUUAAGUAUUUUUUCUCGCAAAUUAAUCUGUAUAUAAAAUGCUUGAUUAAAGUAAGAUCUUUUUUUCAGUAAGCUUAUUUUUUAAUUGCUUAACUAUCAUUAAAAUUAUUUGUGACAUUUCUGUAAAAUCAAUUUUUAUAUAUGUAUAUUGAUGUACACAACCUUAUUAUAUAGGUAUAGAUAUGAAAUAUGUAUACUGAUACAUAUGUAGCUUAUAAGAUUUUUUCAUCACAAGAUCUAAAGUAUAAAUUUUCUUGCAUUACAUUAAUCAUGUUAUUAUUUUCAUAAAACUUUUAAAAAUUUUGAUAUUGAAUGUAAUUGUGAAGAUCUAUUGCUAGUUAUUAUACAGAGUGGAUAUUUAAAUAUAAUGCAUUAUUUUUGCUACUAUUGCAUGCGCACUUAAAUAUAACAGAACGAAAAAUGUUUAAUUUGUUAUGAAUAUAAUUUAAUGUAUUUAAUGAUGGAAUAUCGCAAUAAUUAUGUAACAGUGUUCAACAAUGACAUGGAACAAAUUAAUCACUAUUAUAUCAUGCAUUUCAAUGCAAUAUAAAAAUUUUACACAAAAUAAAAAAAGUUGUUAUACAUAUAUAUUUAAUUCAAAUAUUCAUGUGCAAAAAUAUAACAUCGCUUUUUUCCAGAUCAAUCUUCGAUACCUUCAGGCAGAGUCUGUACUAUUACUUUCCUCCUUGGUUCGUAAACGAAAUUAUUUGUCUUGAAUAUGUCGCUCUCAUAAAAUGUAUGCAAAUUGUGUAUGUCAAUUUGUUUUGCCUGCAACUCAUAAACCAUUAAUAUCAAUGUAAAAUGUGCUAAAAUAAGCUUUAUUAAUAAGUUUUUAUUUCUUAUAUAAAGAUACAAAAAA